UUAGGAGGCUAGAUAGACUAGAUCUAGAUCGUCUAGUUGGUUUUAUUUUGAAGUGAUGUGACAAAUUAAAUUAAAGCAUUGCUAGAUCUAGAAUCUAGAUCUAAGAUCUAUAAGCCGGACAUAAGGACAAGGCCCUUCUAAGUUUCUUUCUACUACUUUCUAGAUUUAGAUAGAUCUAUUGAUCUAUAGUCUAUAUCUAGAUCUAGAAGUAGAAGAUCUAGUUGAAGUUGUCUAGCUAGAUUCUAGACCGGUCUAGACGAGUCUCAUAAAAUACUAGAUCUAGAUGUAGAUCUAUAAUAAAUUAUAGGCCUAGACUCUAUAAUAAUUAAAAAAUUCUAGAUCUAGAAUCAACAUCAACUCACAGCUGGAAUCUUGGUGUAUGAAUGAUUAAAUAUGCGUGUAAGAAGAAUGCACCCUAAACGAUACCUCAAGUGUAUCUGUUGUAUCUUCAUUGUUUUUAUGUUUUGGACAGUUUUAAGCUAUCUUUUUUCAUUUAAAAAUGAAGAUUUCCCAGAUGAUGUUGUGUAUGACAUUUUUAUAGAUGAAACCAAAGAAGACCACCAACACAUUCCGCUUAAUGUAGAAAUUCUUGAAGAGCUGCAGAGGACCAAAAACAGAAAGAAAUAUGACAAAUCUGCUUUAGAAGAUCCUAGUGAUCCAGUUAUUCUGUGGUGGACAGAGUUCACAGGUGAACCUGGUCAGUCCAAGUUGUGUGGUCAAAGGCGUUGUUUCUUUACUAACAAUCGCAAGUACAGCACUCAUAAAAACAUGAGGGCUUAUCUCUUUUAUGGAACAGACUUCAGUAUAAAAGAUUUACCUUUACCAAGGUCACAUGACCACCUGUGGGCACUGUUCCAUGAAGAAUCACCUAAAAAUAACUACUUGCUGUGUCAUGAAGAUAGCCUAUCAUUAUUUAAUUAUACAAGUACAUUUAGGAGAGAGUCAGAUUUUCCCAUUUCCACUCAGCAUUUACCCUCGUUGUCUUGGUUACAACAGAAAACAUACUUGAAAAAUAUCUCUCAGAAAAAUAGCUACCAAGAAGAAGAGGGACUAGCACCUGUGAUUUACGUCCAGUCUGACUGUGACCCACCAUCUGACCGCGAUGAAUUUGUCAAGCUGUUGAUGAACUAUGUACCAGUGGAUUCCUAUGGAGGUUGUCUAAACAACAGACAGAUACCAAAACACUUAAGUCAACCUAUAGAGGGUAUGUCCCACAAAGACUUUUAUGAGUUGAUUUCUCGCUACAAGUUUGCCCUGUCCAUGGAGAAUGCUGUGUGUGAGGACUACAUGACAGAGAAGUUGUGGCGCCCUCUCAUGGUGGGAACUGUCCCAAUUGUGUUUGGUUCCUCUAGAGUUAAAGACUUCCUGCCCAGUAAAAAAUCUGCUUUAGUGUUAACAGAUUACAAAUCUGCUGAACAAGUUGGAGCAGUUUUACAGUACUUGAACAAAAAUGACGCAGUCUAUGAAGAAUACCGUCAGUGGAAGAACACGGGUAUAUCCAACCCGUUUCUUCAGGAUGUUAUGACAAAGCGUACCUGGACACCAGAUAUGGAAGGACAUCGGGCUCCAGAUCAUAAAAAUUUUAUAGAAUCAUACGAAUGUUUUAUAUGUGAUAGCGUACACCAAAACAUGGAUGUUGUUUCUGAAGGGCAGAUAUUGAAGCCAAAGUGGGCGAAUUCAAGCCAUUAUGGCUGUCAAAAACCCAUGAAGUUUGAUUCAGUGGGCAGGUAUAACAAAGAUGGCGGCUGGUUAGAUUUUUGGGGCACACAGUGGGAGAGGAAAGGUCAAGUGUCCAGCGCUCUGCGGAGGUGUGUUGAGGAGGGUAGAAAAUAUUGCGGAGAUAUUGAAACUAAUGAGCCUGUGAAGAGAGACUUUAAAUGAUUUUUGGAGGUGUUUUGAAGAGGGUAGGAAAUAUUGUGGAGAUAUUGAAACUAAUGAGCCUGUGAAGAGAGACUUGAAAUGAUUUUUGGAGGUGUGUUGAAGAGGGUAGGGAAUAUUGUGGAGAUAUUGAAACUAAUGAGCCUGUGAAAAGAGACUUUAAAUGAUUUUUGGAGGUGUUUUGAAGAGGGUAGGAAAUAUUGUGGAGACAUUGAAACUAAUGAGCCUGUGAAGAGAGACUUUAAAUGAUUUUUUUAUUUCUUAGUCUAGUGAUUAUAUGAUUCCAUUAAAUUAGACCUGACUACUUUACAACAGAUCUUUUUUUAAAAUGUAUUUUACAUUAUUUUGUUAUAGUUUUACAUUCAUCUUCCUGCUAUUCUGUUUGUAUUUCUUUAGUACAUUUGUAAAACUUAUCUGGCUAGCCUACAGCUGUUGAUGUUUAACUUGUGUAGACAAACAAAUGUUUAACUUGUGUAGAUAAACAAAUGUUUAACUUGUGUAGAUAAACAAAUGUUUAACUUGUGUAGAUAAACAAAUGUUUAACUUGUGUAGACAAACAAAUGUUUAGCUGUGUGCAUGUUUCUUAUUUAGUGUUGUUACAAAAUAGAAAUAUACUUUUCUGUACAAAGAAACUCUUGUUUGUAAUUUCCUCAGAAGUAUAUUAUUAGAUUUAAUUUUUGUCUUAUUUGAUGAAGUACAUAUUUUUAUACUUAUGUGAAUGUCUUGUGUAGAGAUAUAAUGUGGUUGGCAGAGUCAAAUGUAUAGAAACUUGUUGAUUUUUUUGGUUCAGAUAGUUGACGUAGUUUCAUUAUAGGAUUUCAAGUCUUUCAGAUACUAUUGUUGAUGUAAUUAAAUACUUAUGUAUAGAAACUUGUCAAUAUUUGAAUGAUAGACCAUGUGCAAUAAUGGUAUUAAAUUUAUUUGUGAUAUUUAUGUUUUGUUUCCAAUGCCUACUUGCAUAAGAGAUUAAAUUCUUGAAGAAUUCAUCAAUUUUCUGAUGCUUUAUGUUUUGUUUCCAAUGCCUACUUGCAUAAGAGAUUAAAUUCUUGAAGAAUUCAUCAAUUUUCUGAUGUUUUUAGUUUUGUUUCCAAAGUUACUUGUAUAAGAGAAUAAAUUCCGGAAGAAUUCAUCAAUUUUCUAAUGUUUUAAUUCCAAAACUUUUCCCAGCCUACUUGUUACUGUCAUAGCUAUUUGACAUUGUAACAUAUCAUCUUACAUAUAUGAGUA